CUGUUUGUAAAAUGACGUAAGUAGUGGAAAACAAGAUGGCGACGUCUAAAUUGUAAAUGAGUUUAUCUAAGUAGAAAUCGGCCUCUCUGGGGCAUUGGUGAGGUGUUACCUGUCUUCUGAUAGUUUAAUAAACUUAGAGCUAAGAUAAAGUCACCUUAUGCGUUGUUAACGCUUCAAAGAUCUCUGGACAUCUUGGUUCUUUCCUUCAGCAGCCUACGGUUAAAGCCGGGGAGGCGAAGUUUAGAAUUUCAUUAUGGACAGUAACGUAAGUGGGGAGUAUAUCUCGACCAUGGAAAAUAUGGAUCCGACUUUGUCAGAACUAGGAGACGAAUUUACACUGGGAGACAUCGAUGAGAUGCUCCAGUUCGUCAGCAACCAGGUCGGCGACUUCCCCGACCUCUUUGAGGACCAGAUGUCCUCUGCAGGCUCCCUACAGAACGGUGCUGGGGCCACCCCACGCCCACCGCGUCAAGCCCCACAGACACCCCAGACCACUACCACAGUUUACCAGCACAGCAAUGUGACCCUCACCCCCACCCAAACACUGGCUCCCCAAUCCCUGCCCCUCACACCACCACAGACCCCAGUCCAGACGUUCUCUUCGGGGCAGCAUCAGAUCCGCGCCCCUCCCCUGCUCCAGCCCCGGCCCCAGAUGCAGGCCAUCCAGCCCCAGCCCCAGCAGCAACCCACCAUCCAGGUCCACAGCCAGAGCAUCCCCAUGCAGACGCAUAGCUUCCCUGUGCACACCCUGGUCCAGACCCACAACCAGGCUCUGCCCAUCCAGUCCCAGGCCCAGACGGUGAUGAUCACAUCCAACGGCGGGCAGUCCCGCUUCAUCCAGAACCCUGUCAUCUGCCACCAAAGUCCCACUACAAGCUUCCAAGUCCUCCAACCGCAGAUGCAGAGCAUAAUGACAUCAUCACAGGUUCAACCCAUGACCAUCCAGCACCAGAGACUACUGCAGACGGGCCAGACCAUCCAGACUCUCUCCACCGCGCCUACAGUCCACACCAUGCAACAGCAGGUUCAACAGGUACCCCUUCUGGUCCACCAGCCUCAGAUUCUGAAGACAGAGAAUCUGGUUCUGACCACCCUGAAACCUGAUGGGACACAGGUUCUGUCCACCAUGCAGAACCCUGGGAUCACCACCUUGACCCAUCCUAUCCAGACACAGACUCUACAGGUACCGACUCUGAUGGGCAGUAACAUCCUGACCACUGUGCCUGUCAUGAUGGGGGGCGGAGACAAGCUGCCCAUCAAACAGCUGUCGUCAGGAACCUCUCACUGUGUAGGUGGGAACAGGCAGGUGAUGGAACAUGGGAUGGGGAUGGUGAUGGGUCCAGGGGGGGUGAUGAAGGAGGGGGAGAGGAGAACCACCCACAACAUCAUUGAGAAGAGAUACCGCUCCUCCAUCAAUGACAAGAUCCUGGAGCUGAGAGACCUGGUCAUGGGCGGCGACACCAAGAUGCACAAGUCAGGAGUGCUGAGGAAAGCCAUCGACUACAUCAAAUACCUGCAGCAGGUCAACCACAAACUACGGCAGGAGAACCUGGCCCUCAAGAUGAACAGCAAGAACAAGUCGGUGGUGCUGUCUGACGAUGUGGAGAUGAAACCAGAGAUGCUGAUGAUGUCACCUCCAGCCUCAGAGUCUGGUUCAGGAUCUCCUCGUGAGUUCUCUCCAUACUGCAUCGACUCCGAGCCUGGCAGUCCCUUACUGGAGCAUGAGCAGGUGAAGAGUGAGCCUGGCUCACCCUCUUCCGUGGGUGUGAUGGAUCGCUCUCGUCUCCUCCUCUGCGCCCUCACCUUCUUCUGCCUCUCCCUCAACCCCCUGCCCUCUCUCCUGGGAUCUGAGGCCCAGGGCAGCUCUGGCUUGACCUCUGCACACCGAGCCUCCAGGACGCUGUUCUCAUUACCCAGCCAGACCCAGAACUUUGCGACCUGGCUUUGGUGCCUGUUGCCAUGGUUGACAGUAUGGAUGUUGAGCGGUGUUGGGGCAGUGUGGGGCUGUGUUAGGGUCCUCUACCUCUGGGAGCCUGUCACCCCCCUCCACUCGCCCAAAUCCGUCUCCUUCUGGAGGCAGCGUAAACAAGCAGACCUACAUCUCAACAGAGGUGACUAUACAGCAGCCAUGGCCAGUUUGAAAACCUGCCUGUCAGUCUUGACCAGAGCCCUGCCCACCACCAGUUGGGACCUCCUCUUCUCACUCUCCUGGAACCUGAUUCGCUACUGUCUGCAUCACCCCACCCCUCUGGGCUGGCUGGUUCGCCAGGUUGGUGGGAAGCACAAGGGGGAGGAGUCCAAGACCAGCUCCCGGGACGCAGCUCUGGUCUACCAUAGGCUGAGCCAGCUGCAGCUCACAGGGAAGCUUCCCCAGCGCAGUGGCCUGUGGGCUCUGUCUCUGUCUAUGAGUGCCGUCAACCUCAGUGAGAGCGCCCAAAGCAAGAUGGCCCCUGCCCAGCAGGCCCAGAUCUAUGUCACCGCGGCAACAGCUCUGCGCACUGUACUGGGCCACCACCUCUCCUGCCUGCCUGGUUACCUGUUGAGCUGUGCUGAGGGUGUGGCCAGCCAAUCAGACUCAAAGCCCAUCCCUGACUGUCUGCACUGGCUCUUCACCCCAUUGGGCAGGCAGUUCUUCCUCAGCUGUGAUUGGUCUGUGAAGUCUGAGAGCAGAGAGGGCGUGUACACUUCGCAGAGAGACCCAGCUGACCCCAUCGCCCAGCUGCAUCGUUGUUUUUGUGAGAAGCUGCUGGAGAGAGCUGUCCACUCCCUCAUCCAGCCCCACACUGACACGGAGGCAGGCAAGCCUAAGAACGACUCGGGGGAGUUCUCCAGUGCCUUGGAGUUUCUCCAGCUAUUGAACAGCUGCACAGAGGAGUCCUCCUCUCCUCCCUUCCCAGCCCCACCUAAUCACACCACCAUGCCAGUGGCAGACCCAGUGAGUCGCUGGUGGGCAUUGGUCCUAAAGGCUGCUGCCCAUUGGCUGCAAGGGGAUGAUGUCGCUGUGAGGUCACUGCUGGCAGAGGCAGAGCGCAUGCCCAGAGCGCUCCAUACCCUUGAUCAUCCGUUGCCCAAGGCUGUGCUGCUGCUGUGUAAGGCGGUGCAGGUUAGCCUGUCUCCUCUGAAGGGAGAGGGGGCGGUGGCCAGUCUGUCUCAUUGCGACAGGGCUAGCAGCUACCUGCGCACCAGCAUCUCUGUUCCCCUGUCAGCCCAGUCUGGAAACGGGCUCAACAAGGGGGUGGAGCUCCUGGUCUGUGACCUCUUGCUGACCCUCAGGACCAGCCUAUGGCAAAGAGGAAGCAGCAGCAAUGGGGAGUCAGGCCCCGCCCCUGGCUCUCAAUUGGCUGGAUUCCAGCGGGACCUGAGUUCAUUGCGAAGGCUGGGCCAAUGCUACAGACAGGCACAACACAAGGUGUUCCUGCAUGAGACCACAGUGAGGCUGAUGGCUGGUGCCAGUCCCACCCGCACACACCAGCUACUGGAGCACAGCCUCCGACGCAGGACCAACAACCCUGGAUACACCACAGCAGAGGGUGACUGUGUUCUGGGUGAGCGUGAAAGGGCUCAUGCCAUCCUGCUGGCGUGCCGCCACCUACCCUUACCCCUGCUGACCCCACCAGGGCACCGUGCCCGCCUGCUGGCCGAGGCCAAGCGCACCCUUGAGCGGGUGGGCGACCGCCGCUCCCUACAGGACUGUCAGCAGAUCCUGCUCCGCCUCAGCGGGGGCACCACCAUCGCGGCCUCCUGAUAAUUCCCCUUCAGACAGAUCUCAGAUCAGUUAGACCCACACACAUUAACACUGACUUGUGAUCUACUCACUCAGAGUACUGAUCAGUGGUCAGUGAUGAGUUAUUCUCCACCACAUAUUAGAAAUUAGCUCACUCAUACAGAUCCCAGAACAGUCACCUAGCCCCUACAGACAUAGCACUGAUAAAUUACUAGUCAGCCAUUUCCACACAGCAUCUAAUAGUCAACUACGCCAACAGUCGUAUCUCAUGGACAUAUCACAGUACAGGAGAGACACCAAAAGGGACCUUCAAUCUUCACACUGCCAGCCUGAACAUUGACUACUGUUAACAUUCUGGCAGUGUCAUAUUUACUGUCACACACGCCUAACACACCCUCAUAUCCUCACAGAAGGAGAUUGUAUUUAAUGCAGCCCAUACAAUGGACCACUGCACAUGGUUUCUCACAUACUCAUUGGUAUAACGCUAACACUGUAAAGUUGCUAACACUGCUUAGCGUGGAGAGAAUCUGCUUAUAGGCCCCAAAGGGCCAAAAUGGCUGCCAUUGGGUCUAAUCCACAUACAAUUCAGUCUCUCUCUUUGCUUGGCUAAUUAGCCAACAGCUAUUUUGUGUUGCGCCCCGCGAUGAAUGGACCUUCAUCCACAAGAGGUUGUGCUCGUAGUGUCUAAAGCUUUAUUACAGAGCUGUAAUGUCACAGGUAGAUGACGGGCUGCACAUGCACUGGCAUUCCACAAGUUCUAGAUGCUAAAUGCUAAAAUGUCAUGUACGUUCAAGCUUCACAAUGAUGCAUUUAAAAUGUAUGUAUUUUUGACAGCCCAAUACAAUAGUUCAAUGCAAGGAGACCGACUGUGGCUUCAGUGCAUUCUAGCUUUGAUAGUCACCCUCUAGCCUCUACUGUACAAUGCAAAAUAACUUGCUUCUCACAGUACAGUGCAGAGUAGUAUCUAUUUAUAUCUACCUCAUUGACUGUACAAUGCCAGUGUACUCAAGCGCAAUAUACUGUAGUACCACACCAGUUGGCAUGGUGACAGUUGACAGUAGUCGUACAGUACACAGAGCAGCUUUAUUUAGACUCAGCAGUGCAAUAUUAAUGGGCCAGCACUGUAAAAGUGCCAUUCAUUUUUCAAUAAGAAAAAAUGUCCAUAGAUUGGAGAGUCACCCCAAAUGGAAAAUCAAAGCCCAAUUCUUUAUACAGGUUUUAUAUAUACAUACAUUCAGUCAGUCAGUCGCAUACACAGUAUCACAGUCGGGAUUGUAUAUAGGUUGUACAUUCUGUAGCCAUGUAGAUACAGCAGUCUUGAAUAGAAUGAAGCAGGAUGUUCUUAUGUAUGCGAGAGGGGAAAUAAUGGGUAGAAAGAAGGUACCAUCAACUCUGUAGGAAGGUUAAAUGGUUUGUGUAUUGGCCACCAGCCAGUGGCCAGAGUGAGUUGACUAUGUUAUUGACCAAACAGUUUGGUCACUGUCACUAAGGUUGAUUCUGACCAAUCUGAUUGGGAAGCUCUCGAGCAUAAUGGCCUUGAUGUAGGUAAAUUAAUUGUUAUGUUUUCAGUGUCAGAGCUAUCAUUGUGGAAUCUGUCCAAUUUGCUUUUAAUUGUAUUGUCUGUUGGCUAGACUUUGUCACUUUCGUCAUUCUCAUCUUUGUGUUCUGAUUUUCUUAUUUAAUGGCUGUAAUAUUAUACAUGCUCAGUUUUUUUUUAUUUUUAGCAAUCUUGUUUUAUAUUGUCAAGGCAACCUAGGGAUAUAAACUGUUGGAGUGUGAAGGAGUGACUUUUUUUUAAAAUGAGGAUAAUGGAGUUAUCCUAAUAUUUUAUGCAGGAAGUAUUGUUGUCCAUCAAGUCAUUAGUAUGGCAGUUUUCUAGGGCAUCAUUAUUUGGCACAUUGUAGUGUUUUUGACAUGGAACUCCAAUGCACAGAAAUGUGUUAAUACACUUUACCCUAAUAUGAGAAAGACCUACUGUAUGUCUUCCAGUUCAAACCAGCCGUAUUCACCACAAGAAGCUGUAUGAUGUCAAUUUACCCAACCAUGUCCCUUGUAUCUGUGCCGUUUUUCAGAUUGAAUUCAUCAGACUGGUUAGUGUGGUCUAGUAAGUUCUGCACAACCAACCAUUUGCAGUGAAUGGACUUACUACUGUUUAUAAUGUUACAAAAUAUCUAAUCUGUUUUCCCCUCUGUAUGUAUUGUUUUCUGGAUUUCUAUGUAUGAUUUUGUUUUAAUAAAAGAUGACUGUGGACAGCA